UGAUGUGGAGAGUGGAUCACGCUUCAUUAGUACUUGUUCAAAAGUGUGAAAAUAUUGUAUAAUUUAAUCAAUCGAUUUAAAAAUAAGCAAUCGAGGUGAUGCACAUCACUUUCAUGGAAUGUCAUCUGUCAAUUCUGUCAUGUAUCUGUCACUUUUUUGUUAAUUUGUUGUUGAGAGGAGGGAUGGGUGCACAAGUUCAAUGCAAUUAAUUUUAUGAAGAUUUAUCAACAUCUACCAACUAUUGUUCACAGUUCACAGACGCAAUGUAAAAACUUUGUAUAUUCUCACGGAAAAAGAUGAAAGUUGUGAAAGGUUGUUUGUAGUGCUGUGACGAUCUGACCCGAGCGACUGGUCGUGCCAUGCUCCGCGCGUUCCUCUGGUACGUGUUAAUACACAAAGUCGUCUAUUACGUUACCAUAACGUAACUCGUCCGGAGUGACAAUAAACGCAUCUGUUUGGGUUGUUCAGUUGGAAAGUUUUAUCGAUACUUUCUCGCGUCGCGCUCGAGCGAUGUCGGGGUUCCAAGCAAGUGAUACAAUGCCGAAACUCGGGCAUGUGACGGACCUGCGCGAGCAGUGGCUGGUGCGGGCGGACGGCGCGCUGGCGCACCGGUUGCAGGACCGCGAGAUCUCGUCGCACCUCUGCGAGAACAGAUACCGUAACCAACAGAUCCGGGAAGACUUCCCGGUCGCGCUGCACGAGCAGAGAGGCAUCGAUCAUGAACGGCGCAUGCGAGAUCUCGCGCUCCGCCGUCAAGCAGAAAUCGACGCGGAGAUAGCCAGGGAAAUGGCUGAAAUUAACCUCCGCCGACAAAGGCGACAACACUCCAAUGACCUGGUGCAGCCGUGCUCGUCCCGCGCGGCGCCGCCCGCUCCGCCCCCGCCUGAUCCAGUGAAUUUGCCCACAGAUAUUGACCCUGAACAGCUGGGAUUAUCCCCUGCUGAGCUAGAGGAGAUGAGAAGAAGAUUAGAACAAGAAGAAAGAGAUGCUAGACUUGCUAGAGAACUCAGUCAUGAAGUUCAAGGUCAAGAUGCUCUGUUGGCUGAUAUGAAAUGUGCUGUUGAAGCUCAGGAUGGAGAAUUAGCUAGAUUGCUUCAAGAAAGAGAAUAUAAGAAACUCCAAAGAGCUAAAGAAAAGGCUAGACAAAAAGCAUUAUUAAAAAAACAACAAAGAAUGGCACAACAACAGAAUGAACUACCACAAACUCCACAGGCGACGCUGUGUGAUGCAUACAGCAACCCACGAGAGAAUAGACUCCGACUGUGCAAAUCCGUUGAUUCAGAUUUGAAUUAUGUCGAGCCUUUUGAAAAGGAACAUAUCCAGUCCAAAGCCAGUGCCUUACAGUCUAAAGAGAUAUCUAAACAGUACUAUUCACAAGAACCAGAACCAAGUACAUCAAGGACAAAUAUAAACAACAUAUCUCAUGGUCACUCCCGGUCCUUUGAUUCAGAUAAGCCCAGUUUACCCAGCGCAAACAGUAUGUCAUCAAUCCAGCAUCGUCAACCACCCCUGCCACCAACCACAGGCAAGAAGCCUCGUUUCCCUGACCCCAUAAGCAUCAGGCCUGCAUCUCACUAUCCCACUGACAAUGUUUUACCUCACAAUGACAACCCCAGCAUUCCCCAUAGCUAUAGUGACAACAACAAUUUGUAUAGUUCAACAUUCCCUCCGGACCAUGGCAGCCCACAGAGGGGACUAGACAGACCAGACUCAUCAAAGAGAUUGUCUGUGAUUUCUGACAUCACAGCAGAAGGUUUAGCCAAGAAGAAAAACAAACAAGAGCAGAAAAAAAGGAAAGGGUGUAAGAUACAGUAAUUCUGAAUCUAAGUCUACUCUCUAUUUUAUUUACUCAAUUUUAUUGUUGUUUCUGUGUAUUGUGCUGUCCUCAAUUCUACAUUUAUGUUCUUGUGGCAGUGAUAUUCAAACUGGUUAAGUUAUAAACAAGGACAAAACAUCAUAAUCUGUUGUUUGUUACAAAGUUAUCUACUGUUUGGUGCCUAAUUAUAGUUUUGGAAUGAAACAUGUAACAACUUUAAAUGGCUAAACAUAUUAUGUGAUUAUUAACUUAAAUAGUUUGUUUAUCAGCUUGAGUACGACUGUUGUGUAGCCAGUAGUUUAAUGUUUUUCAAUAAUUUCUUUUUUGAAGGUUUUUACUAACAUUCUAGUAAGUUAGUUCUUUCUAAGGUUUUUGUAACUUAUUUAUUCUUUAUUUACUCUAAGUGCAGAUGUACCUGCAGGAACCAAUGAGCCAUUUUAAUUAUUCUAAGGACCAGGUGCCUUCUUAGUGUUAAGUAAUUUACAUUCCCAAUUUGUGAUUCAUUUUGUAUUGUUUUCACACAAUUUAUAUGUAUAUGAAUACUUUUAUAAUACAUACUUUAUAACACAAAUAGUUUUAUAUCUAAAAUAAUACUGACAAUAAUGUUAGCAAAUGAUAGCAAAUUCUUAAGUUAAUUACAUUUUUACUCUUUCCAAACACAUUUUGGUUCAAAGUUAGAUAUUUCAGGAAUAGUAUAUGAAAGCUAAUUAAAAUGUCAUCAUAAGCUGUAUGGCAAAAUUUUGAUAUUUGUUAUAAGUAUCUCUAGUAUUGUUACAUCUUUGUGGGAAAAUAGCAAAGAGUACUUUCCCAAAAUGGGUCAUCAAGAGAAAAAAAAAAUGGACCAAAAUAUAAACAAUGGCAAACAAGUGGCAUUCUAAUCCGUACUUAAUCUCUUAAACUGUAAGACUGAUUUUUUAAAGUUUACCUGAUCACAAUUAUUGGUUGAGGAUAUUUUUUAUUUAUACCAGUGCCUAGAAGGUGCUCAUUUAUUUUGUUUUUUUUUUUUUAUGUGGUCAUAAUGACACAUAAAUUUGACCUUAUGAUUCUAUAGGUACUUCACUAAAUAAGUGUAGAACUUGCUACAUUCAUUAUUUUCUAUAUUUGAUAUUAAUCUUCUAUCUGAUAAUAAUUAAGAUUUGAUUAUUCAUGAUUAUUGUACAGGGCAAUUAUUAAUAAAAGCUAAUAAAGUUUUGAAUGCAGAUGUUAGAUAAGCGGCUAGGUUUAGCAGCUAUGAAGGAUUAAAUUCCGGUUACAAUAAUUAAUUAGUAUAAGUAAUGUAAGCUUUAAAACGCAAUCUACGGCCUUUGACGUGCCUUAAUGGAACCGAACCAAACUCGAAUAAUUUAUGACUCUUAUAAGAUUUUAAUUAUAGUUUUUCGAAUUACCUAUUUAGUAUAUUACGGACACUGGAAAGGUCGCUAGGAAAUAUUACUCAAUUCGAGUAAUAUUCACUCAUGAAUGUAAAUUGUAGAUAGGUAUAUUUACCUAGAUUCUUUUCAGAUUAAAAAAAAAAGCUGUACGCGCUCUUUUCGAUUGUUAAUUAAAUUAAUACAUACGUGAUGUAACCAAGAAUCCAUUAUUUAGAUUCCAGUCAAAGCGCUUUGUUUCCUACGUCGUCCAUUACUUACAUUAAUAUGCAAACUUGUGUCCAUAAUAAGAAUAUGGCAAUAAAUUAUUGUAUAAUCAGUCCACUUUGUACUUGUAUUUAUGAUUCUUGUCUGAAUUAAAGUUAUCUUGAUUUUGUAUCGAUAUA